AUGCUCACAAAUUCCACACCACGAACAUCUGGCCAAGUUUUCUAUAAUUACCCACUUCGGUUCAAGGACUCUGAAAACGGUACAGUUUACUCAUUCUCCACUACCUUCGUUUUUGCUAUUGAGUUUCAUAAUGGAACUUUUGGAGGAUAUGGAAUUGCCUUUGUUAUUUGUCCUACAAGAGGUUUGCCUCUUACUUUUCCACUAAGUUACCUUGGACUUUUCAACUUAACCAACUUGGGAGAUCCCAAAAAUCAUAUAGUAGCAAUUGAGCUUGAUACUACCUAUGAUGAAUCAUUGGGGGACAUAAAUGCUAACCAUGUAGGCAUUGACAUCAAUACCUUAGUUUCAGAUAAAGUUGCUUCAGCAAGUUAUUUCAAAGAUGAUGGUACAAUUAGAAACCUUACGCUUUCUAGUGGAGAUCUUAUGCAAGUUUGGAUUGAGUAUGACAACAAACUGAAACAGCUUAAUGUCACACUUCAUCCUCUUUUUGUCCCUAAGCCAAAGACUCCACUACUUUCUCUACAAAAGGAUCUUUCUCCAUAUUUUCUUGAGUAUAUGUACAUUGGCUUCACAUCAGCCACUGGGUCGCUAACUGCAUCUCAUUAUAUAUUGGAUUGGAAGUUCAAGAUGAACGGGCUGGUUUCAGAUAUAAACCCCUCUCGUCUUCCAAAAAUCCCAUCGUGGAAUCAGCCAAAGAGCCACCGUAUAAAGAAACUUUUAGCGAUCAUUUUGAGUGUCUUGGGCGUUACAAUCCUCGUCUUCUUGAUUUUUGGUUUAUGGAUCUUCUUGAAGCGGAAGAAGUUAAUGGAAGUUCUUGAAGACUGGGAGGUGCAGUUUGGUCCUCAUAGGUUUUCUUACAAAGAUCUACACAUUGCUACAAAGGGUUUUAAGGAUACUGAGCUUCUCGGUAAAGGCGGGUUUGGGAAAGUCUAUAAAGGUACAUUACCAGUUUCCAACAUAGAGAUCGCGGUGAAGAGAGUUUCUCACGAUUCAAGGCAGGGCAUGCGAGAGUUUAUUGCUGAGAUCGCAACCAUUGGGCGUCUCAGACACCCCAACUUAGUACGGCUCCAGGGUUACUGCAGACAUAAAGGUGAACUCUAUUUGGUGUAUGAUUGUAUGCCAAGAGGCAGCCUUGAUAAGUUCCUCUACCACCAACCGAUGGAAAGUCUUCAUUGGUCACAAAGAUACAAAAUCAUCAAAGACGUCGCUUCUGGGCUCUGCUAUUUGCACCAGCAAUGGGUGCAGGUCAUCAUUCACAGGGACAUCAAGCCAGCCAAUAUCCUUCUUGAUGGAAGUAUGAACGCUAAACUUGGUGACUUUGGUCUUGCGAAGCUAUGCGAUCAUGGGAUUGAUCCUCAGACCUCGCACGUGGCAGGUACGCUUGGGUAUAUCUCACCUGAGCUCUCAAGAACAGGAAAAGCAAGUACAAACUCUGAUGUAUAUGCAUUUGGAGUGGUCAUGCUGGAGAUUACAUGUGGACGCAAACCCAUCUUAUCACGAGCUUCACAAAGCAAGAUGGUUCUUACUGACUGGGUGCUAGAAUGUUGGGAGAACGGAGAUAUAAUGCAGGUUAUUGAUCAACGGAUUGGGAAUGAGUAUCAUGAGGAGCAAGUGGCACUGGUUUUGAAGCUCGGCUUACUCUGUUCGCAUCCAGUAGCAGCCAUCAGGCCAAGCAUGUCCGGGGUCGUUCAGUUCUUAGAUAAUGUGGCUCAACUUCCACAUAACUUACUUGACAUUAUGAAAGAUCAAGAAAGUAAAGGAGGCACUGAAGCCUCUGACGAAGCACCCAAUUCUCCUGCAUCCAACUCCAUUGCUCCGUUGACCUUUACAGAACCGUUUGUCUCUCGUGGGCGGUAA